CGGUAGGUGGCGUAGCUCAAUGUGUUCUAAUGUGGGCUGUCUUUCUCUCUAACAUCCUAAAGGGAAGACUAGUUUAGCCGUGUAGAUUACUUGUUGAAUGACACAAGCACCAAAGUUAUUUUUGUGUAUGUUUUAUUGCUCAUUUGUUCCAAUUUUUCUUCACCUUGAUAUAGGAUAUCGUAGUAAUACAUUGCAUUUGGACUGAGAAGAAAUGCGGGACCGAACCAAGGAACUGGGCAAUACUGCCGAGGUGUCAGACGAGGAUGAAGAGGGCAGGGCACUUAUGAUCAAACCAGGGACUUCUACAGUGAGGGAGGAGAAGGAGAAUGAUGCAUUUUUCAAGAAGGUCCAAGAGAUUCGAGAGGGACUGGAGACGCUUAAAAAGGUGGUUUCUGACCUUGAGAACAAACAGAAGACCGUGUUGGGUGUGGCACUGCCAGAGGACGGCAUGAAAAGGGAACUCCAAACCCUUCGGGAACAGAUCAAAACAAUGGCAAUGCAGAUCCAUAAGAAACUGAAGAUCAUUGAACCCAAGAAAGGAGAAGAUGAUGGGAAAUACAUCCCCAUAAACCUAAGGAUGCAGAGAGCCCAACAUGGCGUCUUGUCUCGGGAGUUUGUGGAGUUGAUGGGCCACUGUAACACCAUCCAGGCUUCCUACAGAGAUCGCAACGUGGAGAGGAUACAGAGGCAGCUCAGAAUCACUGGCACCAAUGUAACAGAUGAAGAGUUGGAUGUUAUGCUUGAAAGUGGACAGACUGAUGUUUUCACACAGAAUAUCCUGAUCGACGCUAAAGCCACUAAGCAGGCGCUGAAUGAAAUUGAGUCCCGGCAUGACGAGAUCCUCAAACUGGAAAGGAGCAUCAGGGAUCUGCAUGACAUGUUCCAGUACCUGGCCAUGGAGGUGGAGGCUCAGGGGGAGAUGGUCAACCGCAUUGAAGCCAACGUCCUCAACUCAACUGAUUAUGUGCAGAAGGCAGUGGUGGAGACCGAGAAAGCUGCCACCUACCAAAACAAAGCACGCAAGAAGAAGAUAUGGAUCGCGUUAUGCUGUGCCAUUCUCCUCCUCAUUUUAGCCAUCUCAUUGGCGAUCACCUUCUCCUGAGAUCCAGACACUGUCUUCCCUUGACCCACUCUCCUGCCCUGGGACCUUGGAAAAAAAGACAUGUCCUGUCUUACUGAUAUCACUGAACUUUUGACUAACACCACUCGCAUAUAGACAGACACAAACAAUCAUAGUCUCUCAUGUUAACAGCCCCACUCUCAGCGAAAGGCCAUGCUGAAGGCUUUUUGGCCCCCCUCUGUGGUGCCCUUUUCCAUUUAGGAUGCCAUUGAAGAAAUGUGUGGACAACUCAUUACUCAACGUGCUGGACCCCUAUGUAUCCACAAGCACGGAAGAAUGCAGUAUUGGAACUGGCACUGAUCUGAUUUACUCAGGAAAAACCAUAGCUAAGGUGGUUAUUUUACGAAGUGAAAAACUUUUUAGGGCUUGUUUUUAAAUGCAGAUAUAGAAUAUAAUUGUAUAUCGCCCAUUUUCUUAUUUGUUGAGUAAUUAAGACAUUAAGGCAGUUUUAUAAACCUUUCGAGAUGUCUGAACUGGCUUCCAUGUUGCCCCUGAAAUUGAUCUCUCAUUAAGACUAUAUUGUCUGAUCACUACAAUGAAUGGCCCACUCCCAUGUUGUCCUAUUUACAUCAGUAUUUAUUUAUAGUUUGAAUAUUGUUGUGGAAGCUGCUAUUUUAAUAGUCUUGCCACAGCAACAAUCAAUGGGAAUCCUUAUGGUUAUGGUGCCUUUUUCCGUAUGUGCUGACGGACAGCGCCAAGGGCUAAGAACAAUGUAGUGUACUACCUUAUUUUGUAAAGAAGGGAUGGAAACUGCUGUAAUUAUUCAAUGCUUCCGCUUCAACGCAUUACCCAUUUUUUUUACAUCUGUAUUUUUUCCAAACAGUUAAGAUCUUAGCCUUAUUGAACUGUGCUGACAUCACAAAAAUGGGUCAGAAGUCUGUGUGUAGUGAAUCUGGAUGGCCAGAGAGCUAGCAACAAUGACAAGCUGCCAUGUGAGGAAUCGUAGGUGCUUGUUCAAGUGUUGUUUUGUCCAUGCUGACCAACUUAGUUCCUAAGGAAAUCAGUGAAUUUAAAUGAAUGCAUUUCACAUACCAUAACCCCAGCACAAGGUGCACCUGUGUAACGAUCAUAUGUCAACUUUUAGGUGGAUGGAUUAUCUUGGCAAAGAAUACUAACAGGGAUGUAAACAAAUGUGUGUACAACAUUUCAGAGAACUAAGCUUUUUGUGCAUAUGGAACAUUUGCUGGGGUCUUUAUUUUCAGCUCAUGAAAUAUGGGACCAACACGUUGCAUGGCUGUUUAAUUUUGUAUAGAACUUUCAGCUCAUUUUAAUGCAUUGUUCAAAUAAAGUUGCCUUCUGUGCUUGUAUGGGUUUAACUGUUGCCCAGAUUCAAGUUUGUGAAA